AUGGGCGGGAAGAGGAGAGAUCGAUUCCUAGCACGGACUCUGCUAAACCUGCGGCUGUGGCACACCGACCGGUUGAUGGUGGAUUCACAGAAGCUUAACACAAGUGCGGAAGCAACACUGUGUGAUGAUACUAACGUGAAGAACACGUACACCGCUGCAAUUUCGAAGGACGACGCGAUGGUAACAUGGCGUGCGCCGAUCGCCGUGGGCCGGGACGCUACCGAGUUCCGCUGGACGGCAACCGUCCCAGACGGCAGCUUCGACAGUUCCGAAGGAACCGAUCUCGAAUCGAGGGCGUCCUCAAUGCGAACCCGCUGGGUCCAGGCCGUGCUAGGUGCCCAUGCAAGCUCGGAGAAACGGUCAUGCAGCUGGGAGACGAGGACGGCCACAACGGCCUCCGUUCAGCCCAGCUCCGCCAUGUCUUCCAUAGGGCGCGCAUGCCUGCCCGGUUAUGGCACGAGCCGCCGGGCUGUCUCCUUUGAGCCGAAGGGACGUCGGAGAGAAGUACCCGUUCUUCGGCGAGUACCAGAUUGCGAGCAGGCCACACAGAGCGCAGCUCCUGAUUUGAUGACGGCGGCGGCCUUGGCCACUGCCGACUGGGCCGGAAAGCGGCCGGACGUAGAGCAGAGGCGCGCCCAGACGGCGGCCGCCCGGCUGGAGAAGCUGGAGGAAAUGCGGCAAGCCAAGCAAAGAUAUCGAGAGCAGGCGAAGGCUUUGGUUGCCGCAACCUGGCGGCCGGAGCCACGCAGCGUGGAAACUGCUGAUGUGAUUGAAAGGAGGCGCGCCGCCAUGCCCCAGCAGCCGGAAGCAAAAUCUCUCGUUCACCUGACCGAAGUCCCUGCCGGCUGGCCCCUGGCCACCGUCAUCGACGCCUUCGUUCACUUGGCUGCUUAUCAUGCAAGACGAGCUCUUGAGGCGGUGAGCCGUCGGCUCGUGGAGCUCUGGGCCUCGCAGCCGGCGGAGGCCGAGGCCUGGCUGAAGCGGUGCCGGGAGCUCUUCGCGAAAGAGCUCGCAGGCCAGGAGACGAGGCCGGAGCUCCUCCGCGAGGCGCUGCUCCGGCACGGGUCGGCCGAGUGGGGGAAGUACGGGUGCGGCUACGACUGGCGCCUCUCCGAGGCCGGGCUCCUGCAAGAGCCGUGCGGCUCAGCAGCAGAGCGGGAGGCGGAAACGGCUUCGUACCUGCAGAGUCCCUUCACCCGCGACCGCUGCCGGGAGCUCGCGGAGCGGCUCGCGGCGGCGGAGAGCCAGGAGACGGCGCGGAAGCGGCAGAAGCUCGAGGAGGAGACCGCCGAGCGCCGGCGCCUCGAAGCGGAGCUCCAAAAGUCGCAGGAGGAGGGCCGAGAGCUAUGCAAUCGCCUGGCUGCGGCCGAGGUGGAGGUGUCAUGCAAGACCGCGGAGCUCCAAGCUGCGCAGAGCGAGAUCGCCAAGUGCAAGGACUGCGAAGCGCUUGCGACUCGAACAGCAGCUGCCGAGACAGCGACGGCAGAGAUUCGCAAGGAGCUCGGGCAGUUGCAGGGAGAGCACCGCAAGUGUCAGCAGCACUGCGAGGAGCUUGUGGCUCGAUUGGAGGCAGUGGAAGCAGUGGCUUUCAAGCAUGCGGCGAACGAGGACCGGGUGACACUGGCAGAGCUGCAGAUCACAAAGGCAGUCCUCCAGGACAGGUGCGAACAACUUCAAAAGCAGCUUGACAGAUCAGACGGUCACAUGAAAGUUGCCUGGGAAGAGAAGGCGACCUACCAGGAGCGUUGUCGCCAGCUGGAGCAGCAGCUUUUUGAGCUGAAGCAGACACAUUCUGCUCUGAUGAGCGGCGGGAUCUCUGAUCCCAAACUCACCUGCCAACACCUCGGUCCCAGUGACACAGCUUCCAGCAACCAGGAGCCGAAGGACGCCGAAGAGUUGAGAUACACUCUGGUGGACGUUGCCUCCUCUUCCACCUUCAGCCCCUCCACAUGGUUCUCGGUGAAGCCCGACUGCUUCAUGCCAGAUGCCAUCUUUAAAACCCGGGGCGCUGGUAUCGACUUCUGGCUCAUGGGCAGGGACCUGCGGAAAGGAUCGCGAGUGGUAGCUGGAGAUGACAAGACCAUCUUGGAGGUCUGCUAUGCUCCGGAGCUUCGCCCCGUCAAGCAAAUCGUCCGCUUGCAGGCUGGGGCUGCGAUGCUGCAGGUCACGCCAGACCAUCUGGUAGAAGUUCCGAGCACCGUGAAGGAUCGAGAGGGCGGAGCCAGCAGCCUCUACGUCGAAGCUGGAAGCCUGGAGAAGGGCAUGUUCGUCAUGUUGGAUUCGGGAGAGCCCGAAGCUCUCACGAGCGUUGAGUCUGAAUGCGGUGACUUUGAGGUGCUGAAGCUCACCUUCAAGCCCAAUCUCUCCGUGAAAGUCUUCUCCUGCCCUCCCUGCAUCCUGAGCAGGGGUGCCAGCAUGAAGCCGUCUCGCCGUGGGAAGAUGUGCGAGCGGCUGCGCGGUCGCCCGUCAACCACCGAGGCGUUGAGUGCACGGCCUUUCAUGCUAGUGACUUGCGUCCUCGAGUUUUCGCCGGAGUCGCUGGAGUGCAGUGCACGUGGUCCUAGGUUUGUGCCGCAGAAAAAGGUAGACCACAAGCUGCUGCUGAAUUCCGAGUACGGCGGGCGUCGGAUAAACUGCCUCGUCUUUCCAGACACGCAGGCGCAGGAGCAGACUGCUGCGACGCUGCUUGUGCAGGGCACCGCUGGAGAACGACGGCGGCUCGGUGGCGGCAUCGGCACCGGGAGGCUCACACUCCAAGUGAAGCCACAGCGCAACGUGAGCAGCUUCGCAGAGAUGUUCCAGAAGAGUGUGGGUCAGCAUCCGUACUUCUCCUUCCCAUUCAGCUCAGGCGAGUGGAAGUACUAG